GGGAAAGAAAAAAAGCUAAGUGAGGUAUGAAUGUGUUGACAAACAACCAACGAAGAAACUUCCCAACUUGCCCUUCCUUUCAUUUAAUUAUUCUCUCUAUAUAUACGUGCAGUUAUGCCUAAACCGACCACAACCUAAUCCUUACCAAUUUAACUCGACCCCUAAGACUACAAUGACGGUGAUGAUGAAGAGGAGUAGGCGGGAAGUGGCGGCGGCCGUGGAGGCGUUGGCAAUGGCCAACUGCCUCAUUCUUCUGGAAUCCCGCUCUGAGGCUGCCAAGGGGGCGAAUUCGUCCUCAGAGUGGGAUUUCCAGUGCAAGACUUGCAAAAAGCGGUUCCAGUCAUUUCAGGCACUGGGUGGUCACAUGUCCAGCCACAAGAGGCCGAAGACUGGUCCCACUGUCGUCCGAAAGGACGACGUCGGGCCCGAGGAGAGGAAACGUCACGAGUGUCCCGUUUGCGGUUUGGCGUACGGCUUGGGCCAGGCGCUGGGCGGUCACAUGAGAAAACAUCGCGCAGAGGAACGUUUUCGUGCGACUGAAGGGAAUAAACUUGAAAGUGGUGAAAAUGAUUACCAGAAAACAGACAAAAUAAAUUGGAAUGAGACACAUGAUGAGGACAAGAUUAGAGGUGUGGGUAUGUUUGAUUUGAAUUUGCUACCUAAUGAUGAUGAUGAUUCAAUAGAAGAUGAGAGAGUUGACCAUACGAGGGGCCUCGCGGAUUUUCCAAAGACGACCUUGGAUUUGCUCAUUUAAUUUAAUAUAUGGCCCCUUUCUUGAUUAAUUAGUUCAUUUAGUUGUAAAUUCUUUGCAUCUUAAUUCAUUAAGAAGCAAUUAAUUCCAUCAUUUCAUUUAACAAGCUUAAUAAAAAAUAUACCGUUACAUUAUAGAGAGUAGCACAAUUGCUAAAUUUUAACUUUGGUUUGUUAUGUGUAGCAAGCAUUUCAAAAUAGAGCAAGCCAUGAUAUUGAUGAAAUAUUGAUUUUCAAAGUCAAUGUAACAUUAAAUGAGAAAAACUUUAAAAAUUGUAUAUAAUAUAAUUUCUCUAUCUUA